AUGCCUCUGGAUUUUGAAGUUAUUCCAGAGCUCGCUUUGGCGACGCAAAAUUGGGAGGUCCGAUUGGGAAGUCCGAUUGGAAUGGUGAUUUCUACGUUUCAAAAGGCGACGCAAGAAGUGAAGCAGAUCGACUUGGGCUACGCAGAAGACAACGAAUCUGACAUAACUUUGACGCUGACGAACGAUGGGGUGCGAUUCUACUUUUGCCCGAUUUCGCAGAGGCUGAGGAAAAUUGAAAUUUACGAUCUCACAAAAUGUAUUCUCCGAUACAGUGGAAUUCCAAUCAGUUCAAAAGCCACUUCCCCGACUCUUUCCCAAAUCGACAGUUCAUUUGGAGCGACUCAUCCGGGAGAAUACUGUCCGCAAACGGCGUGCUAUCUUCUUACCUAUCGUGGAAUUGCAUUCGGCUUCGAAGAGAGGCACCCAUCGCCCGAUUCGGUUGUCAAGAGCUGCUCGAUUUUUGAUGGAUCAGUUUUGGCAAUGGCCGAGGCGCCUCAUUUCCCCUUUCGCGAUGUGAUUCAUUGCGAGCGCUGCGAGGUCGGUUUGGACGAGCAUGGAACGCCCCACAAGCUUACUUUUGAUCUGAUCACAAAAACAGCCCACGAAGAGCGCGCUCAAGAAUUCACCCGAGUCGUUUCGUUUGGGGAUUUCCCGCAAGACGUCCAGACGGAGAUCGGCUGUCCGGACACGAUUCACUACAAAUCCGAGGACAAGAUGCAAAUCCAUCUUGGCCACAAGCCAUCAAUCAACACUGACUACUUUUUCAAUUAUUUUGCUCUUGGUGUUGAUUUGUUAUUCUGCGGUAAAACGCACCAGCUCAAAAAGUUCAUCCUCCACUCCAAUUAUCCAUGUCAUUACGAUUUUUCAAUUUACGAAAGAUGCGAGUUCAAUAUUCCAAUUUCCGCCACAACCCUUCGACCCGAACUGGACGCAGAAGAGCUAAUCAUUGAUCCAAGAACGUCUUGGACAGAAAUCCAGGGUCGAGUCUGUGAGCCGAUUUCCAAACCGGUAAGUUUGAGAAGAACCAGCUCGGCGAACAAUACCAACCCUUGGGGAUCCACGAAAUGCUACUCAUUUGGAAACAUGGUGUACGAAGUGAUGCCCUCUGACCAAAUCGCAACCGUCAUAAUCUUCAACAAGUGA